UUUCAUUUUUCGUUGUGCGCAAUAAAAAAAGUGGACUGCUCACAGCAGCAAAAAAUACGUCUGAUAUAUCCGACGUACAGCAGCUAAAAAGAGUUAAAAUUUUGUUAAACUAUCAUUAAUUAAUAUAAUACGAAUACGCUGUGCACGAACCGAAAGCUAGACAAUUGUCAAAUUCAAGAUGUUUAGACAUAAAAUCCUAUUCUGCACUGCAUUGCUCCUAUUGAGCAGCUCUGUCUUUUCGCAAUCGCAGUCUUUUAGCCUGAAGAAUGCUGAUCUCCCCGUGGCGAAUGAUAACGCAAAAGAAACAAUUGCACCCGAGACAACUAUCACGCCAAAAAUUACUACAACGUCCACAACUUUUGAACCGUCACCUACUACUACUACAACAAAAACAACCACAACUGUUGCACCGCCGACUACUACUACUUCGGCCCCGAACACAACGACCGCAGCUCCAGUGACGACCACCACCCCCAAACCACAGCCAGCCCCUCCAGCGGUGGGCACAUGGAACUGCUCAUGCAUUAUGCUCACCAUGGCCGCUCAAUUGAACUUUACCUACGAGACGAAGAGCGGCAACAAGACCCAAGGAUUGUACAACAUCCCCAGCCGUGCCUCAAUGGAUCACUGCUAUUGCGACAGCCAGACCACUCAGUCCAUGCAACUCCAUUGGGGUCCCGACGUCUCUCCACAAAUUUUGGUAUUGCAAUUGGAAAAGAAGAAUCAAACUGUUGCUCUCACUUUGCUCAAGGUGGACAUGACGGUGCCUUCUGACGAUUUCCCCGAUGCAAAGGAGAAUCAAACUAUUCAGUUGAUUCACGUGAGCCAGAACACGGACUUCAAGACGCCCGAGAAGAUGUCCUAUCACUGCACUCGCGCCCAGCAGCUCAACAUGACGGAGACAAUUGACGGAAGUGGCGCCAUUGGCUACAUCAGUGUCAGCCAUGUGCAAGUUGAGGCAUUCCGCACAUCCAACACUACCGGUUUCUCGACGGUUCACGAUUGCGAUAGCUCCGAGACCUCCGACGUUGUGCCCAUUGCUGUGGGCAUUGCCCUAGCUGCAUUGAUAGUCGUCGUUCUAAUUUCGUAUCUGUGCGCGCGUCGUCGUUCCACCUCGCGCGGCUACAUGAGCUUUUAAAUGAAUUAUGAAAGCAUUGAGGAGAGAAGUGAUGCGGAUAGAGAUUGAGAAGACAUACAUAUAUAUAAAUAUGAGUACGAGUGUGCAAGGCAAAAAGGCAGUGGGGUGGAUAGUGCGUUUGAAUCAGAGAGAGUUGUAAGAUUGAUUUUGUAAUUGGCAGGCACUGUAAAAACUAAAAACUUUUCGACAUUUCUUGUGUAUUGCCUAUUUUGUAACGGUUCUUAAACCUCUUUCGUUUUGUUUUGCUUUCGUCUAAAUUUAUAACGCGCUUCAUAGAAAGCGAGUAGGAGAAAAGGAAAAGAAA